AUGGUUCUUUUGGCUUGGCUCUUGGGUCAUCCCACUUUGGUAGCUGAUGCUUUAAAGGCAUCGCCGGCGAUAGAGAUCAAACAGUCCAGCACUCCGCGUUUCGUGUGUGUUUUGCAAAAGGAAUUCGCGACCGCUAUUCCAGCGCUUGUGGAUUUUGUUGGCACAGAUGAUGCAACAACUUGUGUGGGAGUGCAAAUCCGGACUGUAAGGAUGCUCCAAGUUGGUGUGUUACGCUUCUAUGGGACACUCUUGGCCUCUGUGCCUAGAACUUGUCGAGGAGUUGCAAGCUCUGCUUACAAGCUGGAAAUCCGGACGCUUUGCAUUCUCCGGCAUAACACUGUCACAAGCGAUGGGGGUUAUCCUUGUCCUGCUGUGAGAGGCUUCGCGAUCGAAACAAAAUCUGGACGCUGUUUUCCAGCGAGCUUUUCAGCUGACGCCAGGGGUCCGGACGAAAUCAUUCGAGCACUCUUGAUGCUGGCGGGGCCGGCAACCAGGCUCCGCCUCCCGUAUGACACCGAGUCGGACACUUUCUCGAUCAAACCAUUCCAGUGGAGCCGAGGAUGGAAAAUGCUCGCAGCGCAGUCGCUAGCUCUGUCUGAUGCCGAGCUACUCCAGACUCGAUCAACGUCUCCACACGCAGAGAGCCCGAGCUUCGUCACCUCCAUCAGAAGGAUGGACACUUAUAUUUACAACCAUCCCGACUGGGAACACGCAUUUCCAAACCGAGAGAGCCGAAGGUUAGUAAGAGAUCCUGGAACUGGGAGAUGGAUGCGAGCGGAAGACCCAAACUCAAGAAGAGUUGCGAGCACAGCCAAAGCUUUAUGGGAGCUCUCGCUUUGAAAACCACAGGCUCUUCGUCACCACAUCCCGAGAGAGAGCUUUGCUACGACAGAUUCUCAAGCGAGGCAAUCCACGAAGAGAGUCUCGCGUUUACUUGCACUGGUAUCUCGUCGUGAGGACAGUGUCCGGCUUGGAGCUUCAUGAGCGUUGCGUCGUUGUAAAGAGCUUGGAUCUUGUCAGCUUUAGAAGACGGGGCCAGUGGAUCCGACUCUCCCCACAGUACUAGCAGUGGACAAUCCAAAUCUCGCAAAAGUUUCUCCAGGGAUAAAUCAGAUGGCUGGAACAAGAAGCGAGAGAUCAUCCUGUUCCAAGAAAAAAAAGCCAUUCUUUUC